AUGUCCACAAUGUCGGGGCAUGGGCUGAAGGCAUCGAAGAGAGAUUACACUGCACACAGGAUCAAGCUGAAGCAGCAUGGACGCCACAAGAAGCCGAACGCAGUCUCGACGGAGCUCAAGGUGCAGAACAUUGCGGAGUGGUGGCAAAGACAUCGAAAGUUUUUCCAAUGGCUCGUCGACCAAAACAAGAAAGGACCUCAGCAGAGUGUGACACUGCUAGGAUAUUUCCGCAUCCUCAAGAUGGUUUACGUGCGCCUGACCGACAAGGAACUGGAUCUACAAGUUGUUAGAGACGUGAACAAUUACAUACGAUAUCACCUCGAAGGCAAGAAGAAGGACUCUCCCCGGCCCAAGUCUGUACCGUCAGGGGAAGAUUUUGUCAAAAUGCUGCAUUACCAUUAUGCACGAGACAGAGAUCGGUAUGACAACGAGCGACAACGGGUUCAGCAAGCGUUUUUGAUGAUCAUCCACGGCAGUAGCGGGGUCCGGCCAAGCUCUACAAUGCGUACCCACGUUCGGACUGGGAAUGAGCAUCAGUCUCAGGAACAUGGAGGUGAACGCAAGGACGAAAGCGGCGACGAAGUCAUGGAAGUGCCCGAGGAAGAUUCAGAGUUCCAUACGUUACGUUACCGCGAUUUGGAACUCAGCGCUGUACGUACGCAAAACGGCGUUCGAUACAUGGUGCGACCGAAGUUUCGUCAUUUCAAAGGAGGGGAGCGGAGAGCACAGAACAAGACAUUCUCUUGGCUCGACCAAGACGAUAUCCUGACUUGUCCUGUUGCGCAUCUUGUUGCUCUUGCCCCGGACGAUCGAGCCUUUAAAGUAGCGGAAAUAACUCCGGCCCAGCAUGUGCUUCAGAUUGGUUUGGCCCAACGUCAAAAUCAGCUGGUCUUCCACUGGCGCGACGACAUCAAGGACAAGCCAAUAAUGCGGACAGGUAGCUCUCUCGAUGCCGAUGAAGUCAGCGAUGGCAUGGCACUGAAGCGACUCUCGAGUUUGGGAAAGAACACCAUGGGAUAUAAGGAGUCAUUGACCUGGUACUGCAUUCGUCGAAUGGUCCUGAACAAGAUCGAUCACAUAGGAUCUGAUGAGACUCGAAAUCAGAUCUCUGGGCAUUUCGACAGCCGCACGUACAGAGCACACUACAUGGAUCAACAGAUUGGUAUCGACGUCAUUGCUGCCGUGAGAGGACAUCGGCGUGAGGAAGAUAUCAUAGAGGACGUCAACAGCAUGGGAUCGUCCGCCGAUACUAAUGCGAACCGACAGUUCUCGACAGAAGAUCGAGCGGCUAUCGAGCAAACUCCGGAAGUGGUCGAAGCCAGAGUCCGCCUCCAGAAGACAAGUCAAGCCGUGCUAGAUGCUUACGGGUCCAUUGCAAGAGGUCGCCGAGACGGAUGUGCCCUGUUUCAGGAGUACGAAAGUGCUACAAAGCAAUACCGUGCAGUGAAGCAGAGAAUGACGGCGCAACGGCAGUCAAGGCGCCGUCAGGCGUACUUCGAAGCCAGAGACAAUGCGCUGAUCGAGGCACAGCUUGGUGGUCAUGCAGUCCCGUCUUUUGCUCAGCCUAUGGAGGAGGAGAUCUACCAUCGUGUUCCAGAAAGAGCGUUCUUGGCAGGGCUGGCUACAUGUUUGAAGACACAGUGCCUGUUCUGUUUGGGCGAUGAGAUGCUUUCCGUACCAGACCGCCAGAGGCAAUUCUCAAAGGAGUACACCAUGCAGAAGCACACGGAGCAUUGCCACUUGAAGAAGCUUUACCAGUUCACCGAAAUCCCAUGCCCACAUCCAUACUGUCGACAAACAGUGGUCACGUUGCGCGACGUACAACACCUCAAGAGUCAUGCUCAAGUCGUACAUGGAGCCAAGUUACGAAAGUCGAGAGUGUAA